AUGGUGCAGUCAACCCGUCGCAUAGCAGCCACUCGAUCUUUUGCCAGCUCUGCGUACCGCCAAAAGUCUGCAUUGGUCACCGGAGCAGUCCAGGGGCUGGGAGAAGCCAUUGCUCGUCGACUCGCUGAUGAUGGGUACAAGGUUGUCAUCGCGGACGUGCAGGAUGGGCAGCCGCUCGCCGACGAGAUUAAAGGCGAGUUCGUCAAGACCGAUGUAGCUGAUCCCAAGCAAGUACAAGCUGCCGUUGCGCAUGUCGUCGCAGCUUAUGGAAGUCUCGAUGCCCUCGUGAACAAUGCUGGAGUUGUUGGAUCUGAAGCCUUGCUCGGGGAUUAUGACAUUGAGGAAUGGAGGCGAAUCAUCGACAUCAAUCUGAACGGCGUCUUCUAUGGUCUUAAGUACGGACUGAAGCAAAUGCUCCGGCAAGAGACUGGCGGCAGCAUUGUCAACAUGUCUUCAACUGCUGGAUUCCGUGGUCUUAUAAAUUUGGGCCCCUACACGGCUGCUAAGUUUGCAAUACGUGGCAUAACACGCGCAGCCGCCGUCGAGUACGGCAACAACAACAUUCGCGUCAAUGCUAUCGCACCCACCGGGUGUGAAACACCCAUGGUAAAGAACUUCAUUGAACAGAGCCCUGACCCGGCUCUCUCCCACAGCUCUUUGACGGGUUACCAUGCAAUUCCUGCUCUUCCGCAAGCAAGGGACGUGGCUGAUGCAUGUUCCUUUCUGUUGAGUGACCAGGCUCGGUACAUUACUGGACACACACUUCCCGUGGACGCUGGUGCUCUUUGUCGAAUAGCCAAUGCUCCCGAGCGAUUCAACUAG